CGGCAGCAGUGGAGCUUAGGGGAGGGGACCAGAGAAGGGCCGAGCAAACCCGGAGGAGAGAGGAGGGGAGACCCGCCACCUCCCUUCCUCGCUCGCAGACUUGUUCCCUCCCGGUCUGCGGCUGCGGCGGCAGCAGUGGCGGCAGCGGGACGCAGGAGCAGUCCCGAGGCUGGCGGCGGAUGACACUGGGACGAACUGAGGCCGCUGGAUUUGCCACUGUCACUGCUGUUUCCUCUUCCCCACGGGCCCGCUCCCAUCUCCCUUCUCUAAGAUGGCAGCCAGCAGCUCUGAGGUCUCUGAGAUGAAGGGGGUGGAAGACAGUUCCAACACCCAGGGAGAAGGACCUGGUCAUUCAGAAGCUGGACCAGGUCCUGUCCAGGUUGUAGCGGAGAACCCCGACCAGCCAGAGGCCCUUCAGCCAGACCCAGGCACCACUGCAGCACCUGUGGACUCAGGGCCUAAGGCUGAGCAGGCUCCAGAAACCACAGAGAACCCAGUGGAGACCCCAGAAACAGUCCAGGCCACAGACCCCAGCUUAAAGCCAGGAGGGUCCAAGGCCAGCUCCAGCCCCAGCUCCAAAGAGGCAUGCCAAGAACCAGCACCCAAACCAGAUGUGAGCAAAGGAGCUGCAGAAGCAGCGGCAGCAGCGCAGGGAUCUGAGCAGCAGUCGCCAGCCCCUCCUGAGCCAACCUCGGAGCCUGCUUUCCAACAAAAUAGCCACUCAGACCCUCAGCCAACUUCCCAGCCUGCUCCUAAACUAUCCCCUCAGCCAGAGCCCCCCACCCAAGAGGACCCUCCCACUGAGGUCCUGACAGAAAGUAUAGAGGAAAAGCAAGAAAAUGGAGCAGUGGUUCCCCUCCAGGCUGGUGAUGGGGAAGAGGGUCCAGCUCCCCAGCCUCACUCGCCACCCUCAACUAAAACACCCCCAGCCAAUGGGGCUCCCCCCCGGGUGCUGCAGAAGCUGGUUGAGGAGGACAGAAUAGGAAAGGCGCACAGUGGACAUCCAGGAUCUCCCCGAGGUAGCCUCAGCCGCCAUCCCAGCUCCCAGCUGGCAGGGCCCGGGGUUGAAGGGGGUGAUGGCACCCAGAAACCUCGGGACUACAUCAUCCUUGCCAUCCUGUCCUGCUUCUGCCCCAUGUGGCCUGUCAACAUUGUGGCCUUCGCUUAUGCUGUUAUGUCCCGGAACAGCCUGCAACAGGGGGACGUGGAUGGGGCUCAACGUCUGGGCCGAGUAGCCAAGCUCUUAAGCAUCGUGGCGCUGGUGGGUGGGGUCCUCAUCAUCAUCGCCUCCUGUGUCAUCAACUUAGGCGUGUAUAAGUGAGGGGCUCUGCCCUGCAUUCCAAGACUUUUCUUCCUGUUGGGAGCUGUCUUGGGUCCAUCCCUGUCCUGGGGGAAGCCCAGUUCAUGGCCCUGGCCCCCACCCCAAGGGACCAAGGGAGCCUGAGCAGCCUUGUUUACAGCUUCUUUCCUGCUCCUGCACCCUGCCAGGCUCCUCUGCCAGCCGUUGGCUUCCUUUCUCCCUGCACUUUUGCCUGCGGAUCUCCCCUCCUGCCUCUUGACCUCCCCAACCCUGCACUCUGAAAACCUCUCUGCACUUCUGGAAGCCUUCUGAACAUCUAAAUUGUAUUCUGCAUCUAUCCCAGCCUCCCUGCACUUCUUCCUGCCUCUGGAAUCCUCUGAACCUUAAUGAACCCUGACCUCUCAACUUUGUCUUGGCACCUAACUCAUUCCUUUCUUCCCUUCCUUAACAUCUCCCCGCCCCCUCCUUGCCACGUGUCCCGACACGACCCCUUCUGCCUUUUCAUCUUCUCCUCAGCAUCUUCACCCUCCUACCAACACUUACUCUGUAAAAACUGCAGUACUUGGGUCAGGCCGAGGGAGGAAGGAUGGUGUGGGAAGAGGAUUGCCUAGCUGGGGCCUCUGACUGUUCUCUGCUGGGGACUAUCUAGACCCAGACUGCACUCCCACCCCAACCCCUAAGGUGCCUAUUGGGUCGCAAAGCUGGCAAACCAGGCCUCACCUGGGGACUUGUGCAAGAGUGGGAGUCCUCAUUCUUGACAUCCCGGGGGAGGAAGGAGUGCCUCAGUGGCUGUAGGCUCAGCCUGAGUUGACCUGCCCAUUCGGGCUUUUUAACCUCAGAGUUCUUGUUUGAAGGUCUGAGGGGUUCGGGCCAUUCACGUGCUUUGUAAACAGUAGAAUUAAAAAAUAAUAAUAAAUAAAAGGACCAAAGUUCCCAGCUGCAGGGAGCGAGGGAGGGACAGGGAGCUCUAAUUAUUCUCUAAGAGGAUGACGGAGGUUUGUUGCACGAGACAGCUCUCUUGAGGCAGGGAGCCAGCUGCGAUUGAUUUCGGAGUUGGCGGGUUUUUUUGUUUGUUUGUUUGUUUUAUUUCUUAAAAAACUUGGGGGAAAACUAAAAUUCCUUUUAAAAAAUUUAAAUUGACUCUCCCAUUUUGUAUGCUGAAUGCUGCAUGAGUCUUAAACACCAAUAAACAGAGAAUGCAUGA